GCCGGUGUCCCCAGCGCAGAGCUCCGCCCUGUCGCCCCGGCGGUGUCCCCAGUGCGGAGCUGAUUGGUUUGUGAGGUUUGACCUUGGCGGGUCACGCCGCACAGGACGAUGGUCCAUUAUCCAUCAUGGAGGCGAUAUUUCACGAGAAACAAGAAGGGUCUCUCUGUGCUCAACAUUGCCUCAACAAUUUGCUUCAGGGUGAGUACUUCAGCCCCAUAGAUCUGUCUACAAUUGCACAACAAUUGGAUGAAGAAGAGCGAGCAAGAAUGGCAGAGGGGGGAACUACCACAGAAGAAUACAAAAUAUUUUUACAGCAACCGUCAGGGAAUAUGGAUGAUAGUGGAUUCUUUUCAAUUCAAGUGAUUAGUAGUGCCUUGAGAGUCUGGGGGUUAGAGAUUACCCUCUUCAACAGCCCAGAAUAUCAGCGAUUAAGGAUUGAUCCAAUAAUUGAAAGGGCAUUUAUAUGCAACUACAAAGAACAUUGGUUUACAGUACGAAAAUUAGGAAAUCAGUGGUUUAACCUGAAUUCUUUAUUGACGGGUCCAGAAUUGAUCUCCGACACAUACCUCGCUCUAUUCCUGGCUCAGUUACAGCAAGAAGGUUAUUCAAUAUUUGUCGUCAGAGGAGACCUCCCAGAGUGCGCGGCUGAUGAUUUACUUAAAAGGAUGAGAGUGGUGCAGCUAGAAAGACCAAAGUUAAUUGGAGAAGAGGCAAAUCAACAAACAGAAACUGAACAAAGGGUACAGAGCAAUGAUUGGGAGCAAGUAAUUGAUGUGAAUAAAUCAAUUUCAAAUGAUUUGGAUGAUGAUGAGGAUGAAAAUCUGCAGCAUGCAUUGUCACUAAGUCGUCAGCAUAUGGAGACAGAGGAUGAGGAAGCAGAUCUACGAAGAGCAAUUCACCUCAGCAUGCAAGAUGGCUUGAACGAAGGAUUGUUGGCAAUUGGUGAGAGAAGAGAUACAUUCCUCAGUUUAAGGGUUGACUUCACUUGUCUCCAGAUUCGUAAGGUUUUAUACAAGGAACAGAAAAUUCCGAAAUGGCCACAUCCCAAAAUAGAACUACAGAUCCUUCAGGAACAAUUGCAGCUGAAUCUCCUACAAUGGAGGAGCUCCGAAGACGGAGACAAGCGUACUUUGAGAGAAAACAACAUUUACUGCCUGAAAAUUUGGUUCAUCCCGAAAAACAAAGUUGUGCUGCGUUAAAGGCAAAUUCAGCUAACGUGACUGAUGGAGAACUGCCUCGAGCAGAUGUGUUGAAACCACUAGAAGCUGGUGCCAAUAAUAAUUCAAAAGGGGAAGGAAGUUAAUUUGAGAACAAAUAUACCAGUAACAACUGUACUUCCACUACUGAUUUGUGUGAACUGGUCUCCUUUUGUACAUCAGCUAUGAAGUGAAAUAGGCAGAUGUGUUGAGAGAGAACAAAGAUAAUGUUCACUUGAUGCAAUUGGCAUUUGUGGUUGUUUAACAAAAUCGUUCGUGGUACAGAACGAGUGUUUGAUCUUGAAUUGUAGCACCUUACCUGCUGUAAAACCUUCUUCAUGCACCACCUAGUAAAUUACAGGGAAGUGUUGAAAUAUUUUGCACCCAUAUGUAAACUUUGCCGUUUGGCAAACAGUUACUGAUUUAUUUCAUGGUUUAAUUGUGCAACUGGGCCUUGGAAGAAGGAAGUUUUGAUGUGUUAAGUUCUUUGCUUUUUUAAAAAUUAAUAUUCAUGUUUAAGCCUCUUGCCUAAUGUACUGUAUCUGUGAAAAUCAAAUUCAUGUAAAUGUCGGAUUAAGGGAUACAAUAUGUGGCAAAUGCGUGAGGUUUGAGGGUUUUAUUGAUACUUGGAGGUUUUUAAGGUUGUUUAUGUUUGGGUAUUGAUCCUGUGCUGGCACUGAAAUGCCUUUGAAACUGAAACUCUGAAACUAAUUACCUGUAUGUUUAAUGUGUUGUGCUCAAUUAUGCAGGUUCUAUUUAUAUCCUUGAAUUUCUAUUUUUGUCCAUUUAAUUUUGAUGUUCAAGUCUGGGACAUAGGUGCAGAGCAUGGAAAUACAUGAAAUAAGAAAAACUGUAUUUGAAUCAUUAAUCUGAUGUCCAUUAUGACCUGUUUAAAAAUUGUAGCUUCAGAUUAUGUUUUUAAUUGUAAUUAAGUAAAUGCCUCUGUGUAAAAUGCCUCUUUAUGCAUUAUUCUGUUCUCCUUUCAUUGAAACAUUUAAUCUCAGUCAAACAUGUUAUCCAUUGAAACGUCAUGAAACUUGCAUUAUUAUUAACGUACAAAAAUCAUGUGUUUGUCUACGUGGGCCAAGAUAAAAUAGUUUAGCAUGUUGCAAUUUGUGUCCAUCUUUGCAGGUGGGAGUGGUUAUUUCUCCGUAGCUUAAAUUUAUGGCCCUGCAAAAUAGUGUUGCUAAUUAGGGUCCAAAAAUAAGAAUAUAUAUUGCUUAAUCAGAUAAGAUUGUAUUUAAAAAUAAAUCAACAAGAAAAAGUUUAUGUAAAUUGCUGGAUUUUCAUAAAAUCAAGCUAUUCAUAAAUCACAGUUUGGAAAUAGAGUUUACUACAAGUCUGAUCUACACUCUACUCCAAUCUAAUACUAAGCUAUCGGCAGCCAGAAUGAGCAAUAAAUAUUGUUUAGCUUUUGUUGUUUUCAUUCCAGGAAUAAAUCUGGUUAACUUGUAAAGUGGCCUUUUUUUAGUUAAAUAUAAAUUUGAAAAGUGAGAAGUAUUUGUAUUAUUGCUCUAUUUUCGUCCAAAGAUUUUGACUGGAUAGAAUAGAGUUUAGUAGGCACUAGUGGUGACCCAGCGCCAUGGUGUCAGCAGCACUCCUCUCUUCCUGGACUGAGUAGCUUUGUAAACCAGUUAUUCUAACAUGGCUGUGGUUGGGGGUCAGGCUGGCUGGGUAGAAGAGUGGAAUUGGGAGAUUGGGACUGAGCUCAUUUAUUUAACUAAAAGGUCAUGUCAUUUUUUUAAGCAGAAGGUGAUGAUGGACAGGAAUGGUAAUUGUGUUUUCAUCAUCACCACUUUGCCUCCCUUUAUCAUGCAGCAUUGCAAAAUGUAGGCUCAGUUUUAGAAAUCCCAUUCUCAACUCGACUGACAUCAGUUAACUCUGAGUCCAGGAAUGGAACAUUGAUAUUUGUGACAUACCAGUGCUUUAUGUCAUAACAAGCAGGGUAAAUGUUUUAGUUUAGUUUGUGUGUGCGUGUGUGUGUGAGAGAAAGAGAGAGCAUGGGAAUGGCCUUUUUGCCAAGGUAUUGGUUCAUCUGGAUUCUAAGUAUUUUCACUACUGGAAUGAAAAUAAAGUCACUGGAACUUCUUACUAUAGCGUAUUAGAAAUAGAUAUUUAUCCCCCAAAGCCCAUGUUGCCAUUCAUUUUAGAUAACAGAUGAUCGAUAUUUCAGCUUGUCUAGCUGCUAUUAAUAUUCUUAGCUACUACAAUCCUAUUGAUCUUACUUUUGAAGUUUGACCAAGGCUCAAUAACAUAUUUGAAGAGUUUUACAUAUUUCCACAGCCCCAGCUCCAAUUUUAAGCUAAAAGUUCUCUCUUACUAACCUAUCAAGUCUAUUUAUAAUAUCUCUUCAAUUAAAAUAUCUUAAUUUGAAUGCCAGAAAUGCUGAAGCGCCCGAUUCAAUUGUUAGUUUGGGUAAAGUUCACUUUACCUCAAUUGGGUCGAGGGUGAUUAAUUCCUUGCCAUACUUGCUAAUUAUUGCUUUUGGGAGGGAGGCUUGAACAGGAAAUAAAAAGCAGAACAUUUCAGCUUUCACUGUGUUUUUAACUGUGUUUUCUCAGAACUAUUGGCAUUAUUUGAAACUACUGCGAUCUCCAUAUUAUUUCCUUACUGCUUACUUUUUUAAAAUGUAAUAGUUUUAAAUGGGUCCUAGAAACGGUUGCACUGCCUGUAUGUUAUGUGUGCUGAAGUUUGGACUUUAAUUUCUCCAUGUUCUAAGAGUUAUCUGCAGAAUCAAAUUUCUAUUUGAAUGCAGUUUUUUAAAGGUUAAGACCAAAAUGGUGAUGAGAUGAGAAUGUCUUCCUGUCUUGUUUUAUUUUAGCAAGGAGGCAGAUGACAUUUUUAAAAAAUUGGUUAUUUGCAUUUUGCAAGGCUUUUUUUUCAUCUGCACACUGGAGAUAAGAUGUGUCGGUCUCUAAAAUAGUAUUCACAUGGCUGUGUAUUAAAUAAAGCUGCAUUUUGGUUUUGAAAGUCUGUGUCUUUUUUGAUGUUAUGUUGUGAGUUACUGAAUGAGUCAUUGCACUGACGUAAUGAACUGAUAAGCAUACUUGGCAAAGGUUCAAUCUU